AUGCAAGCACGAGUCUUUUGUCAACUCAGAAAGGAUCGUUCAGACCAAGCCAGUCUCAUCCCGCGCACCCUUCCCGACGCUCUGCUUCUCCUCGACAAUGCAAACGCUCUCCCCUUCUUCUCUGAUCAGGCCGCGUUCGGCGGCUUCUUCGGCCCGAUCGGCGUUGGCACGCUCUACUACGCGGCGCUCGCGUUCCGCUUCGUCGAAAACGAGGACGUCUUCGCGGUACUGUCCUUCGUCGUGCUGGCGUCCGUAAUCGUCCACGGACUCUCCGCAACGCCGCUCUCCCUGAGCCUGCACUACGCGCUCAAGCACUGGAAGGAGCACCCCAUCCAACCGACCGGGGGGCCCCUUCCGGGGCUCAAAGAGUGGCUGCACUACGGGCACUUCUGGGCGCACCUCUUUCACAGGACUCUGCGAUACGAGCACGAGCCCGAGCAUCAGCCGCCGAUCGCGCGACUUGAGAGCGGUUCCUCUACGCGAACUGCCGCUGAGUAAUUGAAGCGAUCAGGGUGCUUUGUCUUUUUAACUCCCAACGCACAAAAGCAGUCGAAUACGGGCCGGGCACUAAGCAUAAUCGUCAUUUGAAUAGGUCCCGCAGGUAUUAUUGAUGCAGAGUACAUACGCCGAUGCAGACUACUUAGCCGGGUGGUCCGACUACUGCUGUCGAGGACGUUCGAACACAAAGCGAACAGACAAUCCAUCUACUGGUAUGAUAAUCGGUCCAGCGUUUGGCAAACAGAUAUGUUUACAGUAC